CGAGCGUACUACCUUGGUUUGACAUGAUUAACAGGAAAUGCACCAAUAGAAUGUAAGCCAAUGACAGACCGCGAGCACAUUCCGUUCAGUGCGUCGACGGGGAGGGUGGAUACAUGUUUUAAAAGUCAUGCGAAAUGUCCUGAGUUCAGCACGCAAAUUCUUCAGAUGCCACCAAAAAGCGAACAAGCAUACACCCAUCCAGAGCUCAAUGAGUAAUGAACCCAUUUUGGAGCAUGUCGACAAACGCUGGUCGUAAGAGAUCUGACGGUGAGGAGCAGGGUGGUCCAACGGAGCAGAGAUCCAGUCCAGCUCGUCCUCCAUUUGGUAAAAAACAGCUUCCAUCCAUCCCAAAGAAUGUCAUCCCAAUCACUAAAGCCGCCUCGCCGGCCUCCUCUACACAGUCUGCCAAUGGCACGCAUGCCUCGUAUGGCCCUUUCUACCUGGAGUACUCGCUGCUUGCAGAAUUCACGUUGGUGAUCAAGCAGAAGCUCCCUGGCAUCUAUGUUCAGCCUUCAUACAGAUCAGCACUAAUGUGGUUUGGUGUGAUUUUCAUUCGACAUGGCUUGUACCAAGAUGGUGUGUUUAAGUUCACCGUCUACAUUCCUGAUAACUACCCAGAUGGAGACAGUCCUAGGGUCAUUUUUGACACCCCGGUUUUCCACCCACUAGUGGACCCGGUCUCUGGCGAGCUGGAUGUGAGAAGAGCUUUCACCAAAUGGAGGCGAAACCAUAACCAUAUCUGGCAGGUCCUUAUGUAUGCCCGCACAAUCUUCUAUAAGAUCAACACCAUGGAUCCGCUCAACCCAGAGGCUGCAGUGCUGUAUGACAAAGACAUCCAGCUCUUCAAAAGCAAAGUGGUAGACAGUGUCAAGCUAUGCAAUAGUCACCUGUUUGAUCAGCCCAAGUUUGAUGAUCCUUACGCAAUAAGCUUUUCUCCGUGGAAUCCAGCAGUGCAUGAAGAGGCAAAAGAGAAGAUGUUUGCACAUAAACGGCGGCCGGAGGAUUAUAGCAAAGGACUGCCAGUGUCUGGGCUGUCCUGGGUGAAGCCUGGUUCCACUCAGCCUUUCAGCAAAGAGGACAACCCCCUUCAGACGUGAACCUUCAGCGCUGUCUGUCCAGCAGGAGGGGCACUACGCUACUGUGGCUCAGCCGAACCACAAAUAUAGAAUUUAUGCAGUUCUAUGAACUUUCUUCAUUCGGAAAACCCUCACUCGUCUUUUAAAUGAAAACUGCUAUAAUGUUCCCAGUAUAGAUCUAAAGACCCCACUCGUUCAUUUCGGUGCUGAGGUUUGAACGCACAGACGGCACAGAGAUUAUUCUAGUCAGUAGUUACUUGAACAUGUUAAUUUUUUCAGGCACAACAAACCACCUCACUUAUUUGUGUCGGUCUUUCUUUUCUAAUCGACAAACUUGGUUUUCUCACUAAUAAUUUGAUACAUUUAAUACAUUUUCCCUUUAUUUUCCUUUCCCUACAAACUUG